UGGAAACGUAAAUGUCACGGUAUGGGUAUAGACCUCGGAGAUGUUUGUUUAUAUACCUUACAAUUUGCUGACGACCAAGUCAUCAUAGCGAAUGAUAAAGACGAUUUAGAGUAUAUGGCAAGAGAAAACUAAAGGAGGAAUAUAAACAGAGCUGAGUUAUCCAAUAUCGAACUAGAGAAUAAUGAAGAAAUCACAUCCUGUAGUGAAUAUACGUACCUGGGAGUAAUCUUCGAUAGAACGGGAAAAGACGAUGAGGAAAUAAAGAAAAGGGUUAUACAAGCUAGAAGAACAAUUGGCUGCCUAAAUGGAAUACUUUAGAGCUCUGAAAUGGGAAUAAAGCGAAAAUAUAACAUCUAUGAGUCACUAAUUAAAAGCAGUCUACUUUACGGAGCAGAAACUUGGAGAAUAACCGAGAACAACAGAAAAAAAUUAGAAGCUGUAGAAAUGGAUGUGUUUAGAAGAUCGUUAGGUAUAUCCCGCAGGGAAAGAGUUCGAAAUGAGGAAGUAAGACGAAGAAUUGGAAUAGAUGGUUACUUAACAACAGACAUUGAGAGGAAACAGAAACCACCAAACCGCAAAAAAAACGAGGAAGACCCAAAAAGACAUGGAAAGAAGGGCUAAAGCAAUGAGUACAAGAGAUCUUAGUGACGGCCAAUGGGAUGAUAGAAGGACGUGGAAGUUAGGCAUCGGACAACGUCAAAAGACGUUCUAA